AUUCUAUAACAUUACUAAAUCAAACUGGAAGAAGCCGUUACAGAAGUAUUCAAUUAAAUCCAGAGCCUUUCAAGAAUUAGAAUUAUUGCAGACAGACUUAAAAUAAGUUUUCAGAUGACUUCCAAACGAGAUAACUGUGGCCUUAGUUCCUUGAUUCCCCUGUCAUGUCGAGACCGUGCCGAAGCCUUCGCCAAAAGCCUACAAACGAGACUUAGUACCUUGGGAUCCCAGAACGACUCGGCAGACGAAAGAAGCUGGCUCGGUAACCACGAAAAACCGUUAGCCCUGUCACAACCUUUGCACAAUCCAGAAACAGACCGAUACCUUGAACUAGAAGCACUCGAGUCACCUUGCAGUCCACAGGAAGAAUUAGAAGAAAGAAUUUCUCAUAAAUUAUUAAAUAAUGAUAGUUUCAAGACAGGGUUGAACGGUGAUUGUCACUGUAAGAAAAACGGCGUGAUUAAGCACCAUUCUGUUGACAGCGACAGCGAAGUUUUUUACGAUUUAGACGAUGAUCCGCCCACUCAGCCAUAUACUAACGGAAUUGUCCAGUCAGAAUCAAGUAAAAGUUUAGAGAGUGAAACUGGUAUAGAUGUGAACUCAGCUGCGACGUCCAGUAGUAAUCCUAGCGACACGUUUGCCACUUCCUUAGAUUGUACUCCACAGCCUUCCGUUAGCGAUGACCUUUCAACAUUAAGCCUCAAGGAUGAUUGUUCCCAGGUCGAAGAUCACACAAGACGAUACGAUGAUGAUAACGAUGUUAUACCUCGAGUUCGUAGAUGUUCGUCAUUAAAAACAGGCAAAACCCCACCUGGUACACCAGGUAGAAAGAAAAUAGUUCGGUUUGCAGACGUGUUGGGCCUGGACCUAGCUGAUGUCAGGACAUUUCUAGACGAAAUCCCGAAAGUUCCUAAAUCGGCCUACGACGAUUUGAGCGAUGUGGAUAUCUCGGAUUCUUCAGAUAUCCAAAACGUGAAUUGCCUGAACAAAUUCGUCGGUGUCUCAUCCGAAAAAAUCCUAGUUCCAUUAUUCGAACAGCCUUCCGGAUUGCUUAACUUUCUGGAUUUGGUCAGGGAGAAUCAAGUGUGCUUGGAAAAUGCCUUAGUAGAUGAUCCCGUUCUAUUUUUGAUAAGGGGAACGGUUAGAGUUAGGAAUUUGGAUUUCAAUAAAUCGGUACAUAUCCGUUACACGUUGGAUUCGUGGAAGACAUUUGCGGACGUGCAAGCUAGCUAUGUUCAAAACUCGUGUGAUGGUUUUUCUGAUCGGUUUUCGUUCGUGAUCUACGCGCACACGUUGACGGUCGGGCAGAAGUUGGAGUUUGCCUGUCGGUUUCAGUGCAAGGGUUGUCAGUAUUGGGAUAGCAACAAAGGACUGAACUAUUGCUUCCAGUGUUUGCCAGCAGCUACCAGUUCGACGACACCAGUGCCGCAUCUGAACGAUUGGGGUGCCAGCUUUUAUUAGAGCUUUAAGACGCAGUGGAACGCAACCCCAACAAAACAAGAUGCAGCGGAAAACCUGUUUCUGGCUUCGUAGAGAAGAGAAUCAAGCUGUCAAAUAGAGAAAAGUAGCCAAAAUCGAAGACUGUAUCCGCAAUUUUGUGAGGCAAUAAUAUGGCGCCACUAUUAUACAGGCGC